AUGACCACCCAGACCUACACACCCAAUGAGGAAAAAAGAGUCUAUGCGGGGACAACCAUGUUGAUGAUCGGUAGCUGCAUAGGUGCAUCCCUCCUGGCCUUGGGAAAUCGCUUCAGUAAUCUUGGAUGGCCACUCUCAACGGUAUACAUGACCCUCGCGGUUAUAUUUUCUUUCUGGGGAUACCGGCAAAUAAUUGAUGCAUGCACCUACACCAGAUACAGCACUAUUCGUAGUCUUCUCAUAGUCACGUGGAAUAAGGUCAUAGCGGAAAUAGUAGGCUAUGCGACCAUGUUCUUGAUAUUCGGUUUUCUCGUAGCAUACUGUGUUAUAUCCAGUGACUACAUUCACAGUAUCUAUAACUUCUUUUCAAAGACUCCGGCCUGCAAUCAGCCGGCGGCAUAUGAUGAGGGCCUCUGCAACGAGUACAUCAAGUGUGUGGCUGCUUCCAACAAGGUAGAUAAAAUAAUACGCGCUAUUGUGGGUGGCGGAGCAUUCAUGCUCCUUUCGUUCGUCAGUAGCGUCGGCAUUCUUUCGUUGAUCUCUAGUCUUUCCCUUAUAUUAGUUGUCUUUUCGAUAAGUGUCAUCCUUGGGCGAUGCAUUGAGGCGUUGAUCAAAGGAAAGCUUGCGCAUGACAGUGGCGGCUGGACAAGACGGGAGCCGCCCAUUCCCUAUAAGCCCGAUGUUUGGUCUGUACUGAUAGACUUUCCAUCUUAUUUCUCUCUGUAUACACUUAUACCCACAAUCCCGUCUCUCUAUGCAGAGAUGAAGGGAUCUAUUAGCGAAAAAACGAAGAUUAUACAUCGGACGUCAAUAUAUGCCACUGUUGUCCUCAUCACAAUAUACAUGUUGUUAGCGUAUGUGACAUCUGCCACAUUCUAUGGUUCCAAUCAAGAGAACUAUAGACAAGAUAACAUCCUGAAUAACUUCAGUGAUAACGACAAGCUGGUUCUCUCCGUGCGCAUAUUGUACGUGUUGGUUAUCUUUACUGCAUUUGUCUGCUGUCUCUUCCCGUGCCGUGCCAUUCUUCUUGAUAUCGUCAAGGCAGAUCGGACAACGAAGCGUGGGAAAGUUUUGUUUUUUGUCACAGGAAUCAUCAUUGUGUUACUUCUCACUAUUCUGGCCAUCUUUGUCCCGUCAAUAACCCUUGUGUUCGAUAUUAUCACGUCACUAUUUGGAUUUGUCUUGUAUCUGGGUCUUCCAAUUCUUGUGGGGUUGAAGAUACCCGUCCUGAAGGCUAGACGCGAAUACAUGGAAGCUACGCGCGCAGCCAUGCAUAGAAAAGAUCCAGACACAGAGAUGAAGCAAACAAACGCCAUGGAAGCCAAAAUACGCGACCGGACUAACUCUAUAACUGCCUUUCUUAGCGUGUUUGGGCCUGGAGCCACCGAACGGGUCCGUCAGGCGAGUGAAUCUAUUGUCAGGCGCAUGAGUAUGACCAGCGACCGCCUAUCCAUCGGUGGAAGGGCUGAUAGGGCAUCGUCCAGCAGUGGUCGUAGGCUUUCUUCCUAUCGACACUCUCACAUCCCAUUCAAAGGAGUUCCCUCGACGAUACCAGAAGCCAGUGAUUUAAGCAAGAUUGAGACACCCCCUUUAAACAACGUCUCGUUAGAAUCUGAACACGCAAGACAACAAUCUCGUCUUCAGACGAUUCCUGAGACAUACGAGCAUGACAGAAACCGUGUCCAAGAGGUCACUGAGCCAGACACAGAGGAAGAGGAGACAACUCACAACAUCUCUACACGUGUUGUGACAGAACAGGUUGCAAUCGACCAUAGCCAUACGAUAUCAGACGAGGUGCUUUUGGAAGGAUUUACUCCUCCGAAAGUUUCACUAAAGAGGCAAAUCAUCUUGUGGACCAUCACUUCACUCUUCAUUAUUACAAACAGCACCUCUUUCGUCAUGACUAUCAUAAAGAUCUUUUCGCCCAAGGGCAACACAGGAGUCUGCCCGAAAUAG